AGGACCUUCUGACUCCAGGGAGUGCUGUGGGUGGGACAGUUUACAAAAGAGACUGGAAGGACGGAUAUCCUCAUCUCCAUCUUUAAUACAUGUUCCAUCGCAGUGAUAGACGGGUGGUGCGAAUUUUCAAAAUGGAUCAACUCCUGCUGGUUUUUACACUACUCUUUUAUGUCCUGUCUCCGAUAAAUGGUGAUUUUCUGAUUGAAGGACUAAGAGGCAUUCAGAAAAGAAGCACUGAUAGGCCAGUAAAGGACAUAGAGUUCUACAGGAUAGACAUCAACAGUCAGGUGACAUCUCGCUUUGCCCAUAAUGUCAUCACAAGCAGAGCUGUUAAUCGUGCCAAUAUAUCAAAAGAAGCCAUAUUUGAUGUGGAUCUACCAAAAACUGCUUUUAUCACUAAUUUCAGCAUGCUAAUAGACGGAGUAACGUAUUCAGGAGUGAUUAAGGAAAAGGAAGCUGCUAAGAAACAGUAUGAUAAAGCUGUAUCAAGGGGCCAAACAGCCGGACUAGUCAGGGCCUCUGGAAGGAAGACGGAGAAGUUCACUGUGUCUGUUAAUGUGGCUCCAGAAAGUAAAGUCACAUUUGAGUUGGUCUAUGAAGAAAUGCUGAAACGUCGCCUUGGAAAGUAUGAGAUGUUCAUCAAAGUUCAGCCUAAAACUCUUGUUAAAAGCUUUCAGAUUGAAGUAGACAUAUAUGAAGGACAAGGGAUCAGCUUUCUAGAUGCUCAAGCGUCUUUCAUAACCAAUGACCUGCAAUCUGCUAUCAAAAAAUCUCUUUUUGGUGAACAGGGUCAUAUCUCUUUUAAACCCACGAUAGAUCAGCAGCGAUCAUGUGCCAACUGUAAUACCACGUUACUGGAUGGAGAUUUUACUGUGACCUAUGAUGUUAAUAGAGAAUCCCCUGGAAACAUACAGGUUGUCAAUGGAUACUUUGUUCACUUUUUUGCUCCCUCUAAAUUGCCUAGUGUAACAAAAAAUGUAAUUUACAUCAUAGACAAAAGUGGAUCAAUGAUUGGUCAAAAAAUGGAGCAGACAAAACAAGCCCUUCUUCGCAUUCUGAAUGACACGGCCCAGCAUGAUCACUUUAAUUUCAUACUGUUUUCCGAUGAUGGUCAAGUUUGGAAAGAUUCCUUAGUUAAAGCAACUCCAGAAAACCUGGAAGAGGCUAGAACUUUCGUCAAGUCGAUUAUUCCUGAUGGCCUUACAAACAUUAAUAGUCCAGUAUUAAUGGCUGUGGAGCAGCUGAAUAAAGCGCAUGAACUUAAAAUUGUUCCCGAGCGAAGUGUUUCCUUAAUUAUUCUUCUUACUGAUGGAGACCCCAAUACAGGUGAAUCAAACCCUGCAAAAAUCGAGGAAAAUGCUAAGAAAGCCAUUCAGGGCAAAUACACCUUGUACAGUCUUGGUUUUGGCCAAGGAGUCAAUUAUCCUUUUCUGGAGAAGUUAGCACUGGAAAAUUCAGGAAUUGCCCGUCGCAUAUAUGAAGACUCGGAUGCAGACUUGCAGUUGCAGGGCUUCUACACCGAGAUUGCAAAUCCAACAUUAAUUGACAUAGAAAUGCAAUAUCCUGAGAAUGCUAUCGCUGACCUCACUCAGAACAACUUCAAACAUUACUUUGAAGGGAGUGAAAUUGUGGUCGCCGGACGUGUAACAGAUAAUGACUUGAACUCAUUUACUGUGGAUGUAAAGGCAAAAGGGGCAGAUGCAUCUUUAAAAUAUACUGAAAAUAUCCAACUUCAAGAAAAGGAUGAUGAGAGCAAGCAGCAAAAAUACAUCUUUGGUGACUUUACAGAGAGACUCUGGGCAUAUCUAACCAUACAGCAGCUCUUAGAGAAACGACUUCAUGCGAACCCAUCAGAAAAAGGGAACCUAACAGCACAAGCGCUCGAGCUCUCCCUAAAGUUCAAAUUUGUGACUCCUUUAACAUCAAUGGUAGUUACAAAGCCGGAGGAAGAAAGCAAGGUCAAAGAAGAAAUAAUUGCUGAUAAAUUUGUGGAAAGUACAGUGCAAAGAGAUUUUACUGCGUCGUCCUUUCCACAUAAAAGACCACCGCAUACUCAAGGGUCUGCAAACUGGGUUGAUUCAGACCCUCAUUUUGUGAUAAAUGUUCCUCAAAAGAACGAUGCUUUGUGCUUUAAUAUUCAAGAGGAGCCGGGUGUGAUCCUGAAUCUUGUUGAGGAUCGAGAGCGUGGUAUUUCAGUAAAUGGAGAACUUAUUGGAAAAGAGAAAGCAGGCAACAAUACGAGAUCAAAUCAAACCUAUUUUGGAAGACUUGGGAUUAUAAAUAGAGAAAAGAAGAUAAGAAUUGAGGUGACCACUGACAAAAUCACAGUCUUGAACCAUAAAAACAAGAAAACGCUUGCAUGGCAGAAAAAAGGCUCUAUAAGCAAGGAAGGGUUUAAUCUGGUAAUCAACAAGAAAGCAAAUCUGACGUUAUCAUUUGGUGAAGGAGCAACAUUUUUCAUUAUUUUGCAUGAAGUUUGGAAAAAUCAUCCUGUUCCUAUGAAUUUCCUAGGCUUUUACACUGUAGAUGACCAUACAUUUUCUAAAGAAGUACAUGGACUUUUGGGACAAUUUUUUCAUGGUAUUGAUUAUGAAAUAUCCAACCUUCAAGAAAAUGAAAAGACAGGCAAACAAGUUGCAACAAUGAACGUGAAGAAUAAGCAGCUGACCGUGACAAGGAGUUCGGAAAAAGACUACAAAUCGGACCCCAGGAAAGGCAUUAAAACUCCCUGCUGGUUUGUGAAUUCCAAUGGAGAAGGACUAAUCGAUGGAACCCAUACUGAUUACAUUGUACCUGAUAUCUUUAGCUUUGCCUACCAGGAAUGAUUGGGUUUAAAGGGUGUUAUCCCAUGAAAAUCAGACAUCAUAUAGUACAUGACAAUACCUUUCUAACAAAGCUAGAACCAGCCCUGUGCCUCACAUGGAACCAGAGAUCUCCACAUUCAUUGCUCUGCUAGAUUUAUAUCAAGUUGAAUGCCGAAGGGGAGUGUCCUUUCUGCUGCAGCUGAGGGGGCGUGUCCAUGGCCUCCCUAUCACAGCUCAGGAGGCAGUUGACGGAUGAAACUGGGCAUGUGCGGCCAGCUCAAUGAACAGGACAAAAAAAUAAGAAAAAUAACAAACAGCAGGUGGAGCUAUACAGAUACAUUUUAUUUAAAAAAUUCAAAAUCUUUAAUUACAUGCAAAUACAAAAGAAUUAAGAUCCAGGUGCUGGUGUGUAAACUUUACAACAUUUUUCGUGGGACAACCCCUUUAAAUGAAGAGAAUAUUGAAAUCACAAUUUUUUUAUAAAUAAAAAUAAGCAUGAUACAUUUAAGAGGGGUUUUCAUAUGCGGAUGGAUGGAAAUGGAUGGUAAUUUUGGCAACUUUGGCAAUUUUGAUGUCUUUUUUCAAACGUAUUAACUAUGUAACAUCAGUCCCAUAACUAGCACUCUACGACUGACCUCUACCGCACACAUUGCUAUUAUAGCUUUAAAGAUGUCCCAUCAGACUAACACAAUUUUCCCCUGUAUAUAUGGACAUUCUUUAACUAAUUUCCAUCUGUAUAAAAAAAAAAAAAAAAAAAAUGAGUUCCAUAGGUACUGGGUUAGUGAUCUUGGCUUCAUUGAACCAGUAACAUUUUAGAAAGGAUAUAGGCUAUAUACCUGUACCUGUGUAUAUAUACUGUACCUGCAAUACCUCAGAUAGGGUAUCUGCAAUAUCUUUUUAUAUAUUGUAAUAUCAUUUUAUGUUAUCACGAUCGGCGUGACUAUCACAUACGUGACACAGAGGGAGGGAAAGAGGAAGGCCCUGCCCAAGUGAGAGGGAAGGUGGUGACCCCUGACUCACCUUGCGGCUGGCACCUGGCUGCCCUG